AUGGUCUACGGCGACGGACGUCACGAUCAAACAGUCGCCGUCGUCGACCCAGUGCGACUAAACACGCCAGAGCAUGAAUUGCUAAAAGGACUGCAUGCCUGUGCCGCAGAACAUGGUUGCGCAAACCAUGAAAUUGUGGCGCGGGUCAUAGUAGCGAGCAAACAUUUUAGUCAACAGGAACAGACGCUAAAUGGAACAGACAAGCUCAACCGUAGCCACAUCUUCAAGAUCUAUCGUGAGGAUCUAGAGACGGCGCUUGAUGACCUUGCACGAGAUUGCGUCGAUCCCACGAGAGACCUCGAUGAGAGCAUGGGGUUCAGAGACCAGGGUGGAACGUCCAUCAAGGCGAACGAGAUUGCAAAUCUUUACGGGAAAUUGGGAGUUCCAAGGGACGCUGUCAUUAAGUUGCUAUUGCUCCCGACGGGGCAAGGCGAACUCAGCCUUCAGCGUGUCAAGAGUAUGCUCAGCACAGCGUCACCCGAAAAAAUCGAGCUUCCGACAGAUGUUGGUCCGGGGUUGGCGCUGAGUGGCGAAAGGGGGGAGGCCGUGCUGCUGACCGGCGGCACGGGUUUCCUCGGGCCCUUCGUGGCGGCUGAACUGCUGCGGAGAGGGCGGCAGGUGAUCUGCCUCGUGCGCGCGCCCAACCCGGAGGCCGCGCUGCACCGGAUGCACGCGCGCCUGCUGUCCGCGGGUCUCUGGUCCGACGGCAUGGCCGGGGGGCUGGAGGUGGUCUGCGGCAGCCUCUCCGCUGACGGCCUCGGCCUCACCCAGGCGGCCGCCGACGCGCUUGCGGCCCGGGUCGGCUACGUGCUGCACCUGGGGGCCAAGGUGGACCUGCGGAGCGACUUCGCCGCCCACCGCAGCGCCAACGUCGGGGGCACCAUCGAGGUCCUGCGCCUCGCCUUCCGGGCGCGGGCCCGGGUGCUCUUCGCCUCGACCACCGACGUGCUCGUGCGCGGUGCGGGGGACGAGGAGCCGGACCCGGAGGAGCUGCCGGUCCCGCGGGAGGGGGACGGGAGCGAGCCUGUGGGGUACAGGCUGAGCAAGCUGGUCGGAGAGCUGCUGGUGAAGCAGGGGCAGUCGAGAGGCCUCAGUGCGCUGGUCUGCCGGCUGGGAAUGGUGGGAGGGGAUUCCAGGAGCGGCGCGUGUAACGCGCAAGAUUUCUUGUGCCGUUUGCUCAUCGGCUUCGCCCACACGCGGGCGUUCCCAGAACCCUCCGGCGAUGUCCCUCAGACGUUCCUCCGCUUCUUGGCUGCGGACACAGCAAGUGAAGUUCUUGUAGAGUUGCUUUUCUGUGACGAGACGAGGCCAUGCCAUCUCACUGAAUGUGCCGAAGACCUACCCUUGAUGGAUCUGCGUGGAAUGCUCGAACGUUUCGGUAAACCAUUUGACGUCCUGACUCUGGUGCCCUUUACAGAAUGGAUUGGCCGUGCAGAGGUUGACGGUGCUUUCUCUGUGUGGCCGGUUCUGAGUUUUGCAAAGGAUUUCAUUCAUUUCCCUGUGUUCAAUACCCGUUCUGCGAGGCCAGGGAGGAUCAAGCAGUUGGUCUCCCAAAAUUUGGGAGCAAGGCUAACAAGCAGCCGACAGGAUCUAGAGACUAUCAUUCACAAGAUGUUGCGGUUCCUUUUUCAUUCUCGUUGA